AUGAACGGCCUCCCACCACCUGCCUACGAAGCGACGGCCACAGCACACGCUCGCAGUCGGAGACUACAGCUACUAGACCUACCCCACGACCUGAUCUUGCGCAGUCUCGCCUGCUUGUCAUCGCGCACGCUUGCCGAGUCUGUCCGUCCAAGUUGCCGACUGCUCUGGCUCUUCGCUAGCCAUCUCCUCCGUCAACGCUUCGUCAGUAGCUACGCUGACAAAGUACAACCCGGUCUCUCCUCUGACCCGCUCGAUCAAGCGUACGAUGUCGGGCCAAUGCACUCUACAGAUUUGGUAGAGGCCAUCGCGAUCCCGCCACGCCAUCGAGAGACGCAGGUGCUCGAUCAGUAUGCUGUCCUCAUGGUCAGGAUCAAUGCGCUCAGGACAGAGUCUGAGCUCCACGGCGAGAGGAACUUCAAGGAGAACGAUCUGUUCAGUGUCGAUCAGCCGCGAGCGCGACUCGAGGAUCUGACGGCAGCUGCUCUUGACGAGCUUGUCGAUCCUCAGCUUGGCGAAUUGCAAGGGAGAGAUAUCAGUAUUAGGCUCAGCCGACGGGAUGCCGUCUUGACCUUGCCUGUUGGUGGUCCGGCCAAAGGCAGACGACCCGACAUCAAGCCCAAGCGCAUCGUGCAGGUCAAGUUCAGAGACAGUCGUGAUCUCGAAGGCAUCGCUGUCGAGCUCGCACAGUCACUGAUCGAUGAUCCGCCGCGACUAGGCAUGCGCACGCUGAACGGGUUGCAACGACAUGAUCGAUAUUCAUUAAUGGUAUCAUACACGCUAUACGGAAUCCCCCUCUGUCUAAGUGCAAGUGCUGUCAAUGUUGUUGUAUUGAUGUGA